UCAAAUGCCUGCUCCCCUCUUCCCAGCCUCUCUGCUCCCCCCACCGGGAGGUGGGUCCGGGCUGCUGCCGAGUUGGAAAACUGGCGGCUGGACUUGGCCAGGAGUCCUCAGCGCAGGGACUGCCGCCAGCCUGAAGGGCACGGGGCGGCAGCGCCUGGCCUGGCGCCUGGGGGACAGGGGAUGUGGAUCAGCCACCCAGAUAUUUUAUAUAUAAAUAAUGUAUUUAAUAUCCUGGUUCUCCACGGAACUGCUGCUGGGGAGCAGUGUCAGCCCAACGGUGACCGAGUGCAGCGAAGCCCACCAGGAGCAGUGAGCCGACAGAUACUGCCAGCCAUGGCCCAACGACCGUGGAGAAGGACAGGGCUGAAGCACCCUUCCCUAUUGGCUCUGGUAGUCUUGUUGGUCCUGGCCCUGCUGGCACUCUCCUACCUCCCCUCACCACCAAAUGGGGACCAUGGCCGGGCCCCUUCGCCCCACUUGGCACCAGCACCUCCAGCACCUGCAUCGCUCCUGCUGGCACCCCGGCCCCGGCGAGAUGUGGCCAUCACCCCAUGUGGGGACAAGCCCCCCAGCUGGGGGGCAAAAAGACAUAGGGGGAAAGGACGGUGGCUGAGGCAGCAGGGUGCCCCAGUGCCUUCUCCUUGUAUGGAUCAGCCAUGCAAGUGGAGCGGCUCACCUCAAGAGGACAGGCUGUGUUUUGGUGAGACAGUCCCACCAUGGCUCUCAGAGGAUGACAUCCAGAAGAUGGAGCUGCUGGCCCAUGGCCAAGUAGUCUCCAAACGGCGUGUGCCAGCCCAUGGGCAGGUCCUGCGCAUCCGUCUGCAUGCUGACGGUGACACCCAGCCUGCCAGUCCAGGGGAGGACUGUGGGGAUGGGCGAUGUGGGCUCAUCAAACGCUCCACAGACCUCUAUGAGGUGGUGGCCUUCCAUCUGGACAGGGUCUUGGGGCUGAAUAGGAGCCUGCCCGCAGUGGCCCGCCGCUUCUCCAGCCCCAUCCUACCCUACAGCUACACCAAUGGUGCUCCCCGGCCCCUCAUCUGGUGGGCACCCGAUGUCCAGCACCUGGAGGACACCAACAAUGACCAGAACUCCUGUGCUCUGGGGUGGCUGCAGUAUCAGGAGAUGCUACGAUCCAACAUUGUGGCCCCGGUGGCAGGAGACACAGCCUGUGCAAGCAUCCAGCGCGGUGAGUGGGGCCGCUUGGCGCUCUUCGACUUCCUCCUACAGAUUCAUGACCGCCUGGACCGAUAUUGCUGUGGAUUUGAGCCUGAUGCCUCUGAGCCCUGUGUGGAGGAGAUGCUCCAUGAAAAGUGUCGAAACCCAUCCGAGUUGUUCCUGGUGCACAUUCUGGUCCGGAGGAGCACUCCAUCCCAACUGGUGUUCAUCGACAACGCAGGCCGGCCACAGCAACCAGAGGCAAAGCUCAACUUCAGGCUGCUGCAGGGCAUAGACAGCUUCCCAGAGACAGCUGUGGCCACACUGAGGUCAGGCUGCCUGGCCCACAGGUUGCUGAAGUCGCUGUACAGGGACCAGGAGCUCUGGGAGAGCCAGGGAGGUGCUGCGGGGCUGUGGCCUCUGCUGCAGGUCCUGGAGAGGCGGGGACAAAUCCUGCUGCAGUAUCUCCAAGAGCACAACCUGACUGUGAUGAGGGACAUACCGCGCUGAGCCCUACAGUGACCUCAUGCCCUCAGUGGUCUGCAAUAUGAAACUGCAUGUGGGUUCUUGCUUCUCCAAAAGGUGUCUUUUUAUUAAACCCUGUUAGUAGGAUGUCCUGGAAAAGGACAAGGGGUUGUGGGGUGUAGGAGAGAGGAAGAGGAGACUUUCUGAAACAACCAACGGAUGUUUGGAAAGGCAUUAAGCAAGAUUUAUCACACAAUCUGCUCAACGUGGAGUUUUCAAAGAAGGAGAACAUCUGUGAGAUUUUGGAUGUUCCCAAAAUAACAAAAGUAGAGACUCUGGAGUGGUGUGGGGAAAAGCAGAGUGAACCCUAAUAAUCAAGGACAAGUCCCCAGAGCUGAGUCUGCCUUCCAAACACCCAGGACACCUUCGACAGAAAGCAACCAAGUGCAAAACGCCAUGUGAGCAUGCAACAAAAGAGACCCUGCCCCACCUUUAUCAUAUCUUCCAGCAUUGCCUACCAGCCAAAAGUGUAUACAUUGGUCCUCAAUAGUCAGGACUGAGAGCCCUGAAUGAAGUAGAGGAGACCAGCAUGGGAGUCUGUGCAAACUGCUGCCCUGUUGCCCUUGAGCUGGAGAAACUGUCCACCUGUGCAGCCAGAGAGGCAGAAAGCAGGCACUCACACUGCUCCUCUUGCAUCCAUCUCAGCAGUGUGUCAGGUUUAGAGCCUGCCAGGGGAUACUUUUGUAGCCAUGCUGAUAAGUGUAGGCAAUUACCUUUUCCUCUUGCUUAAGAGAAGAUGAAGUGAGGCUGGAGUGACAUUAAUCAGUGAGCGUGAGUGCUCUCAGAAAGCACUGGCACGCAGCCUUGCCUGCACCUCAGCAUCCCGAAGACUUUGCUGUGGUCCUGCCCUGGUGCUGGCAAAGGAAAGCCUAUCUGCUAUCAUCAUCUCCUCCUAUGCCAGGGUGGCCUGUAUGAGAAUUCAUUCUGAGGAGGUUUGUAAGAAUGGAGGAGAACAAAAUAACUCAUCCUGGGGCCAAAAUGUCUCACCCAUAAUAAUAAAUUAGAUUAAUAAUCAUAAAAUCAUAGAAUCACUAAGGCUGGAAUCAUUAAGGUUGGAAAAGAGAAGAUCACCUACCACCACCACGCCCACUAUAUUAUGUCCCUCAGUGCCACAUCCACACGGUUCUUCAGCACCUCCAGGGACGGUGACUGCACCACCUCCCU